GAAAUUUUCUAUAAAAAAAGUUCUCUUAAUUUCCUCUAGAAAACCACUGUGAAUCUGGUUGUCCCAAAUACGCAAACAUUUUGGUACUUUUUCAUGAAUCUGUGAUUAUGUAGUGUCGAGUGACUCGAGUUUCAACUUUCAAGUUUUCUCAAGCAGUUUGCUUUUGUGGGUUCUUUGUUUAAAGACAAAGACUUUGAAGCUUGUUUUGCAAUUGAGAACGCCGUAUUUGGGAGAUAAGCUUCUGAAUUUCUCUGAUCGGUUUUCCUCAUUCCAGAUUUGUAACUAUGAAAUCGAAAAAAUCACUCCUUUUGAUGAAUUCUGCUCUAAAACCCAAAUCUGUCACUAUGAAAUCGAAAAAGAAGAAUAUUGGUGCCAAAGAUAAAAUCAGCAAUCUACCAGAAGCUCUGAUUUGCCACAUAUUGUCAUUCCUUCCCAUAGAAGACUCUGCUUUGACCUCAGUUCUCUCGAAGAAAUGGAGGUAUCUGUUUGCUUACAGACCAAAUCUCGAUUUCUUCGAUGGCUCGGUAAUACAUAUCCAUCCUGAAAUGUCUGACACAGAAAAGACUCAGAUUCGGAGUUUUAUGUAUUUCGUGGAUAGAGUAUUGGAAUUGCGAGGGGAUUCUAAUGUAAAAUCCUUCUAUCUAAAGUGUGGACAUGGUGUUAAACCAGAUUAUGUCAAAGACUGGAUAUUAAACGUGUUGGAACGUGGAGUGUCGGAUCUUGAUUUAGACGUUACUCUUGAUGGAGGUCGUGACAAUCGUCUGCCUUCAAAGGUCUUUGAGAGCAAGUCACUGGUUAGUCUGAGAAUAGAAUCUGGAAAUGUUUAUGGCAUUGAUGUGGAAGAUGUUUUUCUUCCAAAGCUUAAGACUCUUUACAUUAACAAAGUUAUGUUAGGAAAUUGUGAUGAUUGCUUCCACAAGAUUACUUCUGGUUGUCAUGUCCUUGAGGAAUUGGCUCUGAUUAAGGUCUACUCUGAUAUUUGGAACCGAUCCGUAUCUUCCAAAACCCUCAAGAGACUAACGCUAUCUUGUAUAGAUUAUGAUAAAAGUCCAGAUAGUGUUUCGUUUGAUACGCCCAAUGUUGUCUUCUUGGAAUACUCUGAUUAUGUCGCGGGCAAGUAUCCGAAAGUGGAGUUUGGUUUGCUUGUUGAAGCUAGUAUCGAUCUUGGGAUGACAAGUGAUCAAUAUGCACAUGCAAGCUAUGUAGAUUUGGUUGGCAAUGCAACAGAUUUUCUCAUGGGAAUACGCAAUGUUCAGAUCCUUUACUUAUCUUGCGAUACUAUUGAGGUUCUUACUUUCUGCUGUGAACCAAUACCGGUAUUUAACAACAUGAUUCAGUUAACUAUUCAGACUCACCGCAAAUCAGGAUGGGAAUCAUUGCCGGCUUUACUCAAGAACUGUCCAAAUCUUGAAACUCUUGUUUUUGAAGGACUCCAACACAAAGAUACAGUCAAAUGUGUGGAUGUUGAUGGGUGCCUAUGCAAGUUUUCAGGGGAGAUUCACACUUGCUUAUCAUCAAGUCCGGUGAAGGUUUUAAAGAUAGUGAGAUUUGGUGAAACUGGUAUAGAGAAUCAGAUAGAGAAGAUCAAGUACUUCCUGGAGACAAUGCCGCGGCUUGAACAGCUGAUAAUAUACUACGAUACAUGUAUUGAUGAUGAUCUGAUCAAGUUGUCAAGGCAACUUAAGAACUGUCCUACAGUAUCUUCACCAAAGUGCGAGAUUCAAGUAAUCUCUUAUGACCAUAUGUGACUUGUGUUUGAUGGUUUGUCCUUUUGAUUGGGAAUGCUCUCGAUGAUCUUUUGCUUGUUUCGGUUCUUAGUUUGAGUAUCUUAUUUGUCAUGCAAGCCACUCCAAAAAAGAAAAUAGACUAAUCAA